CCUCCCUCUUCUCGCGUUAUCUCAGAAUCGUCAACAAAAUGUCUGCUUACGACAGCGUACAAACUGGUGGCCUCAAUCUCAAGGGUGUAUCUGAUCAUUCCAUCAAAAAAAAGAAGAAAAAGAAGAGCAAGGACAAAGACAAGGAAAAACAACUUUUGGAGCUUUCUUUAGAAAAUGAGGGAAAAGGGCAAACAUCACCAACCACCAGCACACCUCGGAUGUAUGUUGCCAAGAAAACUAAAGCUGAGCUUGCUUUUGAAAAAGUCAAAGAAAAAAGGCAAGCUGAACAGAUUCUAGAGAAGGCUAGUACCAGUCAUAAAGAACAAAUAAUGAAAUUAAAUAAGCACUUGGAUACAUUGACAGAACAUUUUGAUAUUCCCAAAGUGAGCUGGACCAAAUAAUUCCUGCAAGGGACAGAACUCUUACAGUACUAGAUGCGUCGCUGCAACAUGCAAGAUGGAGGGAUUUGUGUUUUAUGUUAAAUGUCAGUGUCAUAGUAUAGACAUUGACAUAUAGACACAAAGAUAUAAAGUGGAAAAAAAUAUGUAGUUUUAUGUCAUGGAUGUGAAAUAUUUUGAUUCAUUACUUUGUGUAUGAAACAUCAUCAUAAACUCCUAUUAAAUUUUAUGUAAUUUUGUUGUAAAUAGUCAAAAAAUCAAUGUUGGAAUGUAUGUGUUCACUCACUGCCAUUGUUAUCAGUGACAAUAUGUCUGGUUUUGUUGUUUGAUAAUAACUUAAAUCAUACAAAAAUAUUUUUCCUGCAAACUAAACUUAUUAUAACAUUUUUGUGUAUUAAUAUAUGCAGCAUCUGAAUAGGAGAAUAUAAUGUCUAAACAAGAAAUGUCACUGAUUUGUUUGGAAGGUCAAUGGGCCUUUCUAGAAUAUUUUAAUUGAAAAAUACUUUGAAUACAAACUUUUAAUUAAAAUAUUUAAUCAUCAAUGUAUCUCAGAUGGAAGUGAGGCGGGGGUAGCGUAGCGGUUAGAGUGUUGCUCGUCACACCAAAGACCUGGGUUCGAUUCCCCAUAUGGGUACAAUUUGUGAAGCCUUUUCUGGUGUCCCCCGCCAUGAUAUUGCUGGAUUAUUGCUAAAAACAGCAUAAAACCAUACUCAGUCAGUCAGUCAAGUGGAAGUGUUAUUGACAUCAACGUCUAGUAAACAUUGUCAUUAUGAAACAGCAUGUCAUCAACAAUUAUUGUCUUUCUGCAGAAGUUGCUCAUUUGUGUUAAUAAAGAUAUCAUCUGUAAAUAGGAGUCCAUUGUUUAAUGACUUUUUGCUGAAAAUAGGCUAUUCAUGUCCAUUGUAUUAAUUGUCUGUCAUACUGGCUAAUUUAGGCAACAGUUAAUUGGUUAUUAUCUUUUCAUGCAAUUUUCACAAAGUAUGAAGGAGACAUUUUAUAUCUUAUGUUCACAAAGAAAACUUUUAUCUGUUUACGUGAACUAUUUAGGGAUGUGAUUUAAUUAAGCACAUUUGAUUGGCAGUGUUUUCCAUGUGCAAAGCAUAGUUCAUCAAGUGAAGAAAGAACAAUGUAAUUUUCAUCCUGUGUGGGUAUAAGGGACAGGCACUUGGUUUAGUAGUUAUUAGGGCUGCAACGAAUCCGCUAUGAGGCGAAUAUGAUACAUGUCACAUAUAUUGGGUAACGAAUAUGAUAUCAAGUGAGCAGUUGAUGUAAUAUUCAAUUUAUUUUUUGAAACAACAGCAGAAUAAUUAUUUGAAUGUAGUGACCAUGUUUACAGUAUCCAUUUGAGUUGAACUCCUGAAUUCAAAUGAAAACUGAACGUUUUUUUAAAAUUCAUGAAUAUUCAUUUCUAUGAUCAUGAAUAACUAAUUGAAUACAUGAAGUGAUAUGGUUGAAUUCAUGAAUUGCUGUGUGAAUCAUUACAGCCCAUGUAGUGAGGUGUGCAGGGAUGACAGUGUAAUCAUUAUAGUCUUCAUGUAACAUACACUGUUAGAGAAAGUUCUAUUUUACCCUCUUGCUAAAACAUUUCUGUCACUUUUAUGCAACUGAUGACAGUAUCUAUGUUUUCUCAUACAUCUUGGUAUUUUAUUGACUGUCAAGUAUUAUGAAAAUACCACCAUGUAUGUAGCAAUAAAUAUCACGUCAGCCAUCA